GUUCAUUCAUACGCUUCGCUUGACCGGGUCACAUCGCGUCCGCUGAAAAAGCGCACUUCGGGAAAACUUUUUCACAAACUAACUACAUGGAGCUUAUUAUAUAAAACAGUAUAUUCUGUUACUUUAAUUUUUAAUAAAUUAUAAAAUAAGUGUUACUUUAAUUUCAAUAUGCGUUUUUCGGUAUUAUUUUUCUUUUCACUUUAUGUUUCUCUAGUGGUGUCAUGGGACCCUUCAGUAGUAAAGCUGGGGAGACCAGGGUAUCAUGAUGUGCACAGCGGUAGGGAAUACGCAAAGGAUUUUAGCAACGAUUGGACAGUGGAGGUUGACGGUGGAGAUGAAGUUGCGCAGCUGGUUGCGUUACAAUUGGGCUACGAGUACGGAGGGCCGAUUCAGGGGUUUCCAAACAUGUAUGCUUUCCACGCGUACGAGCGCAAGCAACGUCGCACCCCUAACCAACACAUACACACGCUCCACCAGGACCGAAGGAUCCGUUGGGCAGAACAGCUUUUUACUAAAAAUCGAGUCAAACGUUAUCCAUUUCCGCACUCUGAUGACACGUUACACCGUGUAAAAAGAAUAGACAACUUCACCAGGGAUACAGAAAAAUCAAAGGAUGUACGAUACCUCCAAAGACAACAUAGACUGUUUAACGAUGAGUUAUGGGAAUAUGAGUGGUAUUUGCAAGAUACACGUACCGAUCCAUACUUGCCUCGUCUAGAUCUCAACGUGUUGCCUGUCUACGCGCUUGGUUACAACGGCCAGGGUGUUCGCGUGUCAAUAUUGGACGACGGCGUCGAGCACAAUCAUACCGACCUACACGAGAACUACGACCCUGAAAUAAGUUGGGAUUGCAAUGAAGGCGACUCCGAUCCUUUUCCGAGAUAUGACGAAAAAAAUAGUAAUUCCCAUGGGACUCGAUGUGCUGGAGAGAUAGCUAUGACGGCAAACAACGGAAAAUGUGGCGUAGGUGUGGCUUGGGGAGCCAAAGUGGGAGGAGUUCGGAUGCUUGACGGCCGUAUCACUGAUCGAAUAGAAGGUGAAGCAAUAGGAUACGCUUGGGAUAAGGUGGAUAUUUAUAGCGCUUCAUGGGGUCCUAACGACGAUGGGAAAACUGUAGAAGGGCCUGGACGACUGGCUGUAGAAGCUUUUCGACGAGGCGUGGAUAAGGGUCGUGGUGGAAAAGGAUCUAUUUAUGUAUGGGCGAAUGGCAACGGCGGAAGUCACGAUGAUAACUGCAACUGUGAUGGGUACUCCUCCAGCAUCUAUACGAUAUCAAUCGGUAGUGCAUCUCAGCAAGGCCUGUUUCCCUGGUAUGGAGAAAUCUGUGCAUCGACCCUCGCCACAGCGUACUCCUCUGGUGCAUACAAAGACCAGAAAAUAGCUACUACUGACACGAACGACUCUUGCACACUGGGACAUACGGGGACGUCGGCUGCAGCUCCUCUGGCUGCUGGUAUUAUAGCGCUGGCUCUUCAUGCUAAUCCAAAUUUAACAUGGCGAGACGUGCAACAUCUAAUUGUGUGGACGUCCGAGUAUGCACCGCUCAGCGAAAAUCCUGGAUGGCAAAUUAACGGAAUUGGAUUGCGAUUUGACCUUCGAUUUGGCUUUGGAUUAUUAAAUGCAGAAGCACUUGUCACCGCAGCAUUGAAUUGGACCACGGUCCCCGAGAAACAAACGUGUCGUAUUGAUGCUUCUUUAGCAAAGGAAAAAGAAUUCAUGUCAUCCGGCGAAACAGUUGAUAUCGCUAUCAACGUCCGCGAUUGUGCUGUGAACUACAUCGAACACGUGGAACUUGUAACAACAGUUCAAUAUACGCGUCGUGGUGCUUUGGAAAUAUAUCUCGUAUCACCUCAAGGUACAAAGAUCCAACUCCUGAGUGCUCGUUCAAGGGAUACGUCAACGGCUGGUCUAGUAAACUGGCCGCUCACCUCGGUAGCCACUUGGGGUGAACAGUCACGAGGACUGUGGAAUGUUAUCAUUCAGGACACGACGAACGAGUCAAACGCCGGUAAAAUUGGGCCCAUCGAACUAGUCAUCCAUGGCACGGUAGAAAUGCCUGCUCACAUGAAAAACAGUCCGAGACACAAAUACGACAGCUAUGAAAAACAAGAACAAUUUUACUAUCUCGACAGUGGUGGGCCAUACAAUGAGAACGCUGCCCUGUUUAUACCAGAGCAACAUAGCACUCAGGAGGUCGCAUUCAAUAAUAUGGACACUGUGAUAUUGGACGAAAUGGAAAAGGAACUACUGAGAAAUCAUCAUAGCAAAUAUUACGCGUCGAGUGUUGAAGUGUAGGCCAUGUAUGUAGGUAAUUUACUUGAAGGUUAAUUACUUGAUUUAAUUAAUCAUUACAUAAACAUACGCACGUUUUUAAUAUCCUCAGCACUUCUGAGUUCUUGGUGAUUUUAUAAUUUGUUAUAUAAACUUUAUAUUAUAUUUGUAUGUAUUAUUUAUAUAACUGUUAUGUUGUGUACAUAACAAAAUAUAUAAUUUUAAAACCAUUACACACAAAUAUAAAUUUUAGCAAUACCUACUCAUUGUGUGUUAACUUACUCCUAUUACUUUUAUUAUACUCGUAGUCAGUUUUUGUACUUGUACGAUUAAUAUGUACUUGUAAUCAUCAUAAAAUAGUAAUCGUAAUAUUCAUACUGUAACGACCUUGGUAAAUAUUUAGUUGAAAUACAUAAUUUGAAGUAUUUAUCUGCACGGUCUUGUUUACUUUUUUUUUUCAAGUAGGAAGGUAUUUUAAUGUAUUGCUGCAAUUAAGCUGCAAGUCUGUCUCUAUAAAGCUUAACCACAAAAAUAAAUUCUCGACAUCUUGCGGAAAACAAAGGAAAAUUUUCUCGUAGCAUUUCACCUUCGAUUGUGAGGCAUAUGCGAAUAAAUGGGUAAAAAUGUACUCAAGGCGCAUUUUAUUACUAACUACUAACUACUGUAACCUACCUAGGAGUGAGUAACCUAAUCUUUGUCUUAUGUAUUAGUAGUAUGUGUUUGUGAUAAAAUAAACUAAAGAAAUAAAGUAGGUUAUCUUCUCUACUAUAUAAAAAUAAGUCGGGUUUUCCUUCCUGAAGCUAUAACUCCAGAAAGCACGAACUGAUUUCCACGGUUUUGCAUUCGUUGGAAAGGUUUUGGGCUCCGUGAGGUUUAUAGCUAAGAAAAUUCAGGAAAAGGUAGGGGUAGGGUAGGUGUAGGGGUAGGUUAGGGGUAGGGGUAGGGUAGGGUAGGGGUAGGGUAGGGUAGGGUAGGGGUAGAGUUGGGUAGGAGUAGUUGAAAGUUUACAUCGAGUUCCACGCGGACGAAGUCGCGGGCGUCCGCUAGUUGCUUAUAUAAACUAGCCAAUUUAGAAUUUUUAUGUAAAAAAAGUCAUUUUAAUGAAACCACUAUUUUAUUUGGAAUCUUUAUUAUCUUAUUCAAAAAGUCAUUAUAAUUUAACCCUGUAGGUUAAACUUAAAACACAGUAUAAAGUUAUAAAAAAUACAAAGUAAUAAAAAAUACAAAGUUAUAAAAUAUAAAAAAAUACAGUAAGUACACCAGAUAUUUUUUACCAGUCUAGUUUUAGACUGCACUACUGCAGCAAAUGCCUUUUAGAACAGGCGCUGUGAGGAUGUGAGUGUGCAUAAUCCGAGGACCGCAUUCUUUUUACAGUUUAGAACUCAGAAAAACCCCUUUCGGUUUGUACACGGCAUCGUACCGGAACGCUAAAUCGCUUGGCGGUACGUCUUUGCCGGUAGGGUGGUAACUAGCCACGGCCGAAGCCUCUCACCAGCCAGACCUGGACCAAUUAAGAAAAUCUCAAUGUGCCGAGCCGGGGAUCGAACCCAGGACCAUGACCACCAUAUGUUGCUGUCCUUAUUUACGUUGCUUUUUCUUUCCUUUGAGAUUACACUACUUAACUGUAUUUUUAUUAGUAACUAGCGGACGCCUGAGUCUUUUCCCGCGUGGAAAUAAAUUUAAACUUUAAAAUCCUAUUUCACCACUUUAGGGGUUGAAUUUUAAAAAACCCUUAAAUCACAUUAUAUUUCGUAUUUUUUUAUGAUUUAUGAACAAAUCUUAAAACUCUAAAAAUGAGGGAUUUUCCAUACAAAUUUUUAACUUCUAUUUCAACCCCUUCUGUUUUUAUUUUAGGGUCAGAAAUUACCCUA